GCGGAUGGGAAACUCAAACACCGCAUCCACGAAUCGACGGAGACUUUCGGAACUCUCCAUGCUUCUCAGUGACUCGAAGCCGCACAUCGGAGACGCAUAGCGUUAACUUUCAACCUGUGUUGGUGAAUGAAAAGCGCAGACUGAUCCAGUGCGCUUGAAGCUCAGCUGAUCCUUCUCUUCUUUGUCAUCUUCGUCGUCAGCGUGUGUGUGUAAAGAUGGCGCCAGCGAUAGGAGGGCCGGUGGGCUACACUCCUCCUGAGGGAGGCUGGGGCUGGGCAGUGGUGGUAGGGGCCUUUAUCAGCAUUGGCUUCUCCUAUGCCUUCCCCAAGUCCAUCACAGUGUUCUUCAAAGACAUCGAGGUGAUCUUCAAUGCCACCAGCAGCCAAGUGUCAUGGAUCUCAUCAAUCAUGCUGGCUGUCAUGUAUGGAGGAGGACCGAUCAGCAGUAUUCUGGUGAAUAAGUUUGGUAGUCGGCCAGUCAUGAUUGUUGGGGGCUGUCUGUCUGGCACAGGAUUAAUCGCCGCAUCCUUCUGUAACACAGUGGAGGGUCUUUACUUCUGUGUGGGAAUUAUAGGCGGACUGGGUUUGUCAUUUAAUCUGAAUCCAGCAUUGACCAUGAUUGGCAAAUACUUCUACAAGCGCCGGCCAAUAGCUAAUGGCAUUGCGAUGGCGGGCAGCCCAGUGUUCUUGUCCACCCUUGCCCCGCUGAACAGCUGGCUGUAUGAUCAGUUUGGGUGGAGGGGCAGUUUCCUCAUUCUGGGCGGAGCUUUGCUGAACUGCUGUGUUGCGGGGUCACUAAUGCGACCCAUUGGACCAAAACCACAACCUGCCAGUCCAAAAGAGAAUGGAGAGCUCAAACCUCAAGAGAAAAAAACAUGCAUUCAGACCAUCAACAGCUACCUGGAUCUGACCCUGUUCACUCACCGAGGCUUCUUGCUGUACCUGCUCGGAAAUGUCAUCAUGUUCUUCGGCCUCUUUACACCCCUGGUGUUCCUGAGUAACUAUGCAAAGAGUAAAGAGAUUUCCAAGGAUAAGGCUGCGUUCUUGUUGUCCAUCAUGGCCUUCAGUGACAUGAUCGCUCGGCCGUCCAUGGGCAUGGUGGCAAACACUCGCUGGGUCCGUCCACGUAUCCAGUACUUCUUCGCCGCAUCUGUGUUGUAUAAUGGCGUCUGCCACUUGUUGGCACCAAUCUCCACCGAUUUUGUGGGUUUUGCUAUAUAUGCCGUGUUUUUCGGCAUGGCAUUCGGCUGGCUGAGUUCCGUGCUGUUUGAGACUCUCAUGGACCUGGUGGGCACUCAGAAGUUCUCCAGUGCUGUCGGGUUGGUCACCAUCAUGGAGUGUGUGCCUGUGCUGCUGAGUCCUCCGUUACUGGGAAAACUCAAUGAUGAUUAUGGUGAUUACAAAUACACAUAUCAGGCUUGUGGAGCCAUCCUGGUGAUUGGCAGCAUAUUCUUGUUCGUGGGAAUGGGAAUCAACUAUCGGCUAUUGGACAAAGAGAAGAGGGAGGAGGAGAGAAGAACUAGACAGGAAGAGAAGGAUGAAGAAACGAACAUAGACAAUGUCCUGAAUGAGAAGGCAAGGGAGGUGGAUGGAGACGCACUGGAUGCGUGAUCUGACGUUGCCAAAUUGAAAAGCACACAAUAUUAUGUGGACAAACACCAACAAUCCAUUUCUUUGGGUUUUGGCCGUCCAUUCCCCCUCUAAUGCAUUACUUAACGAUUCAACCAGUGUUUAAAACAGCACAAAGGACUAUGAUGCCAAGAAAUUCUCUUUAUGCAAUCCCACACACACCUCAGGCAUUACAGUCACUCUCCCGAGAUUCAUAUGAGAGUGUCUCUGUACCUAAUGUCACAAGUCACCUUUUUGUGGUAUAUAUCUUAACCAUUAUGAGAGCGUUCCUAGUUUUUGACUCCAGAAUAACAGAGGUUAUGCACUGUUAAAUGAAGCCACAAAACGCACAUUUCAAAACUUUUAGAGUAUUAUGAUGUGUGACAUUUAAUGAAACAUGCACACAUAAUUUGUCAGUUGAAGACGUAGAAGAAAGAGAUAUCUUUGACUCUUCUGUCUGUCUUCCAUCUUAGAAAUAUAGUGUUUUUGGACUAAAGGUCAUUAUCAUAUGUAGGAUACACAUUUUUUUUUCUGUUUUUUUUUUUUUUUUUGUGUGUGUGUGUGUGUGAAGUUUUUUUGCUUUAGGAUGUGUAUGUAGUCUUCCCUGUUCUGAUUGGCUGGUAGAAAAUACUCCCAGGCUUUGCUAGACUGCCAUUUAAAGGCAAAACAC